CCCGAAAACACUGCCAUUCCUCGUGCAGCUCUUUCCCCAGCCGCAAAACCCCUCAGCGGAGCAUUCUUGAAACUCCCCUUGGUCUUGUGUUUCAAUCUGUCCAUUGGCGCUCCAAAUUCGAACACCGUCGGUGCGAAACCGCGAGCUUUUGGGUUUGAGCCUCGUCGUCGCGCUCCGCUCCCGCUCAUCCUCCCAAGAUUUCAAAUCUUUUUCUUUCCAUCGGAUUUUUAGGGUUUAAGGAGUCGCUCUUGGGGGAUCGAGAUGGACCUGGAGGAGAUGGAUGCUUCGCCGAGUUACUUCAAUCCUGAAGAUCUUAGCAGCAGGGAGCGAUUUCGCCGCUACAGGAAGAGGCAGUCGACCGCAAAUAUUUCACCACUCCUAGGAAAUUCCGUGUCAAAAUUUUCUGAUGCAAGACUCUUGUUAGAGGGUAAUAACAUUCAAAGGCGACCCAAUACUGCACUCUUGCUUGAAGAAAUAAAACGGGAAGCGGAUAGUAUCGACACUGAUGGCUUGGAUAAGGUAUUAAAUUCAUCAAAAAGACGGGCAUCCGUUGAUAGUCAUGCAGUCUCUGAGCUGAAUGCUGGUUUUGAUUCAAUUCGACAAGUGACAAGCCAGUCAAUAAAAUCUUGCAAGCAUGAAGAUGAGGUGUUGGCAGAUGGAGAGACGACUUUUACAUUAUUUGCUUCUCUUCUUGAUUCUGCACUUCAAGGGUUGAUGCCUUUCGCUGAUCUUAUUUUGCGGUUUGAAAAGACAUGUCGGAACGUCUCUGAGGCCAUAAGGUAUAGUAGUACAGGGAGGCACCGGGUGGUGGAGGACAAAUUCAUGCAGCAAAAAGCUCGACUCUUGCUUGAUGAGGCAGCUUCUUGGUCACUUCUUUGGUUUCUCUUUGGCAAAGGAAAUGAAGAACUACCUGAAGAGCUAUUUGUGUUUCCAACAACAUCGCAUCAGGAGGCCUGCCAGUUUGUUAUGAUGGAUCAUACAGCACAAUUAUGUCUUCGGAUAAUCCUUUGGCUAGAAGGGCUAGCUUCAGAAGCCCUUGAUUUGGAGAAAAAGGUGAGAGGGUCUCAUGUUGGUUCCUAUCUUCCAAGCUCUGGUGUUUGGCAUCAUACACAGAGGUUCUUAAAGAAGAAGAAUGAUGAUCCAGCUAUAAUCCGACACAUGGAUUUUGAUGCUCCAACACGUGAAGCAGCACGACCACUUUCUGAUGACAAAAAGCAAGAUGAGUUACUUCUUGAAGAUAUCUGGACUCUACUAAGGGCUGGAAGAUUAGAAGAGGCAUGUGAGCUAUGCCGUUCUGCUGGGCAGCCAUGGAGGGCUGCAAGUCUGUGCCCUUUUGGAGGGUUAGACCAUUUUCCUUCUCUUGAAGCUUUAAUCAGGAAUGGAAAGACUAGAACAUUGCAGGCUAUUGAAUUGGAAAGUGGGAUUGCACACCAAUGGCGUCUUUGGAGAUGGGCAUCAUAUUGUGCAUCAGAGAAAAUUGCAGAGCAAGAUGGUGGAAAAUAUGAGAUGGCCGUAUAUGCUGCACAGUGCAGUAACUUGAAACGUUUGUUGCCUGUCUGUACUGACUGGGAGUCAGCGUGUUGGGCUAUGGCAAAGUCCUGGCUCGAUGUUCAAGUGGACUUGGAAUUAUCUCGCUUUCAACAAGGUAGACUGGAAGAAAAACAAUAUGGAGAUGAUAUAAGUGGGUCUUCAUUUCAAGGAAGGCAGUCAUUAUUGCCUUCAAUUGGUCCAGAAGGUUGGCCAUGUCAUGUUCUAGAUCAACAACCACGGGAUCUUCCUUCCCUUCUUCAGAAACUUCAUUCAAGUGAAAUUGUACAUGUAGCAGUCUCACGAGCUUGCAAAGAGCAGCAUCGACAAAUUGAGAUGAACCUCAUGGUAGGAGACAUAUCACAUCUCCUGGACCUAUUAUGGUCAUGGAUUUCACCUUCAGAAGAUGAUCAGAAUAUCUUGAGGCCUCAUGGCGAUCCUCAGAUGAUCCGCUUUGGAGCACAUGUAGUUCUUAUUCUUAGAUAUUUACUUGAAGAUGAAGUAAAGGAUGCUUUUAAGGAGAAGCUUUUGACUAUUGGUGAUCUUAUUCUUCACAUGUAUGCAAUGUUUUUAUUUUCAAAGCAGCACGAGGAGUUGGUUGGUAUCUAUGCCUCUCAGCUUGCACGUCACCUUUGCAUUGAUCUUUUCGUUCAUAUGAUGGAACUACGGUUAAAUAGCAGCAUGCAUGUUAAAUACAAGCUCUUCCUUUCGGCUAUGGAGUACUUGCCUUUCUCUUCGGGAGAUGACAAUAAAGCAAGUUUUGAAGAUAUUAUGGAAAGGGUACUCUCAAGGUCUAGAGAAACCAAAAUCAGCAAAUAUGAUGGGAAAUUAUCUGAUGUUGCAGAGCAGCAUCGAUUACAAUCUCUUCAAAAGGCUAUGGUUAUUCAGUGGCUUUGCUUCACACCACCUUCUACCAUAAGUGAUUUUGAUAUUAUCACUGCUAAGCUUCUCAUGAGGGCAUUGGUUCAUAGCAACACACUCUUCAGGGAGUUUGCUUUAAUAUCUAUGUGGAGAGUUCCUAAAAUGCCAAUAGGAGCACACAUGUUACUCAGUUUCCUUGCAGAACAUUUAAAACAGCCUAAGGACACUCUUCUUUCUUUUGAGGACCUUGAUGUUUCUGAGAAUCUACGUGAGUUUGAAGAUUGGCAAGAAUAUUACUCAUGCGAUGCAACGUAUCGAAACUGGCUUAAAAUUGAGCUGGAGAAUGCAGCUGUUCCUCCUGCUGAGCUUUCUUCAGAGGAGAAAGAGAAAGCUAUUGCUGCAGCGAGAGAAACCUUGAAGUCUUCAUUGUUACUACUACUGAGGGAAGGAAGUCCAUGGCUGGAUUCAGUUCAUAGUAGUCUAUAUGACUCAACAGAGCAUAUAUAUCUUGAAUUGCAUGCCACUGCAAUGCUCUGUCUACCUUCUGGUGAAUGCAUGUGCCCAGAUGCAACCUCAUGUACUACUUUGACAAGUGCACUUUACUCUUCAGUCAGUGAAGAAGAUGUAUUAAAACGCCAGUUGAUGGUCAAUGUCUCCAUUUCUUCAAGAGAUAACUAUUGUAUUGAAGUGGCACUUCGCUGCUUAGCAGUGAGUGGUGAUGGGUUAGGACCUCAUGAAACGAAUGAUGGAGGUAUUCUUGCUACUGUUGUCGCGGCUGGCUUUAAAGGGGAGCUUAAUCGGUUUCAAGCUGGAGUCACAAUGGAAAUUUCCAGGCUAGAUGCUUGGUAUUCAGAUGUGGAUGGUACACUGAGAGGUCCUGCCAAUUAUGUUGUCAGAGGUCUCUGCCGUAGGUGCUGCCUGCCGGAAAUCAUUCUUCGAUGCAUGCAGGUAUCCGUUUCUCUUGCUGAAUCAGGCGAUUCACAAGACUAUUGCAACGAGUUAAUUGAAUUAGUUGCAUCUUUCCGGUCAGGAAUGUUGAAUUUGUUUAGUCAGCACCAAUUACAGGAAUUUUUAUUGUUUGAAAGGGAACGUUCAUUGUAUAAAAUGGAGUUUGAGGAAGAACUCUCCAUGGUUGAUUCUUGACUAGUACCACCAAGGCUUUUCAGGUCUGAGAUUGCAAAAGAAUAUAUGACAGCAGAUUCUUCAGGCUCAGGACGUGCUGCUGUUCUUGGAAGCCAUUCUGCUGCAGCUUUAGCUGGGUUGCUUGGCAUGGCUCACUGGCAUUGGAAAAAUGUCUGACUGCUAUGGUAUUCGAUGAGGAGCACCAAUAUUGCGUUAAGUUGGGAUUUUCUACCGGCGGAACCGAGCUCCUGUACAUCCUUCGAGUAGUCUGUCUCCAAAUAUUGUAAUCUUUGAUGUAACAGUCAUAUUGUGUAGUUCUAUGAGGAUAAUGAUCAUUAAUUCUUUUUUUUUUUUGGGUAGAAAAUUCUUCUUGUUUUAUUCCUACAUGAUCCUCCGGUAUUUCCUCUAGCCGUUUGAAACUGUCAACUAGAUGCAGGAAAGUGGCCUUCAAACAAGAUAUUACACAUCACAUUAGACCCGUCUAGUAACUAAUUUACUACUGACUAAUAUUUUUCAACGUCUGUUCCUUUUUUUGGGUGUUCCAAGGCCUACUGUUAGUCACUAAUCUCAUAUGCCAACUAAUUAUUUAUUCGUGUACAUCUUAGCAAGAUUGGCAAUUGCUAUGUAUGAUAUUAUGUGGGUCACCUUGAAUGUGCGAUUUUAUGUAUGUGACCCGUGAUGAGCUUCAGAGCAAGCAUAUGGCCUUAUGUCCUGACUAUUUAUUCAUUUAUUUAUUUUUUGGGGGAGAUUCA